AUGUGGCGGGUGGCGUGUCGCGAGGCGCGCAAGCAGGUCGCGUCGCUGACCCAUGGGCCCGCGUGUCGCGGCGCGCACGGCGCGCCCGCGCCGGGUGGUCCUUAUCCGCAGCAUUCCCUCGCGCACGCCGCCCCGCCCUCCGCCGCCACGCCGCAUCACGCUCGCCUCAUCCCAUCGCUCGUCGCCCCUCACGGCCCCGCAUCCCUCACCGCCAACGCGACGCGCAUCGGCGCAUGGCGGCACGCGUCACCCCUCGCGCUCGCGGUCACCUCCCCCUCGCUCUCCGCCCUCCGCUCCGCAGUCACGCACUCCUCCGCCAGCCUCUCUUCCGCCACCCUCUCCGCCGCCGCCUCUCUGCCAGCCGCAGCCCGCGCGAGCCUCACCGUCCCCGCGGCAGGCGCGGCGGCCGGCCGGGCGGCAGGCGUGAGCGUGUGGAAGCACUACGGGCGCUGCUACUACGAGCUCAGCAAGACGCGGUUGAGGUGGGUGGGGCGCGGCUCAGGUGGGCGCGACGCGACUCAGCGUCCACCCGCUGUAAACAUCUUCCAUUGCGUACAGCAUUCCCUCUAUUCCCUCUCCUCCCUCUCUCGCUCACCGCCUGCCUCCCGCCCCCUGCACUUGUCAACCCUUCCUGUCUCCCGACCCCAUGCGCGCGUGGCGUCCUCCCCUGGCUGCUCACCCCCCAGCCUGCUGGUGGUGGCGACAGCAGCAGCGGGGUUUGUGAUGGGGAGUGGCGACCACGUUGACUGGGCGGGGCAGGACUUGCAUGGACUUCACUUCACUCCUGCCCCCCUGUGCCCCUUACUCCCUGCCUCCGUCUCUCGCUCCCCUGUGCGCCUCGCAUCCCCCAGCCUGCUGGUGGUGGCGACGGCAGCAGCGGGGUUUGUGAUGGGGAGUGGCGACCACGUUGACUGGGCGGGGCAGGACUUGCAUGGACUUCACUUCACUCCUGCCCCCCUGUGCCCCUUACUCCCUGCCUCCGUCUCUCGCUCCCCUGUGCGCCUCGCAUCCCCCAGCCUGCUGGUGGUGGCGACGGCAGCAGCGGGGUUUGUGAUGGGGAGUGGCGACCACGUUGACUGGGCGGGACUUGGAUGGACCUCGCUCGGAACCUUCCUCGCAGCUGCCUCCGCCAACACAUGGAACCAGGUGUACGAGGUGGCGAACGAUGCCCUGAUGAAGCGCACGCGGGGCAGGCCGCUGCCAGCAGGGCGGAUGACCCGCCAGCACGCCAUCGCAUGGGGGCUGCUCACUGGGGCCAGCGGCCUCGCCAUCCUUGCAACCCAGACCAACAGCAUGACAGCGGGCCUGGGAGCCGCCAACAUAGCGCUGUACGCGGGGGUGUACACGCCUCUCAAGCAGCUGCACAUCGCCAACACAUGGGUUGGUGCUGUCGUCGGCGCCAUCCCGCCUCUUAUGGGGUGGGCGGCGGCGAGUGGGGGGUUGGAUGCGGGGGCAGCAGUGCUGGCAGGGGCGCUGUACCUGUGGCAGAUGCCGCACUUCCUUGCUCUCGCCUGGCUGUGCCGCAAGGACUAUGCUGCCGGGGGCUACCGCAUGCUGUCACUGGCGGACCCCACGGGGCGGCGCACAGCAGCAGCAGCGCUGCGUAACUGCUGCUACAUGCUGCCGCUGGGACUCGCUGCCGUCUCUCGUGCGCCCUCCCUGCCCUCCCUACCGUCCCUACCCCUCCACCCAUUCAUGAUGCUUAUCCCUCACCCUUCUCAUCCCUCGACCUUCUCACUCCAUACCUCCUUCCCUCUGCUCAACCCCACCUCUUCACCCCCUUCCCUGACAGUGGGGUGCACGACAGCACCGUUCCUAUGGGAGAACGUGCUGCUAACGGGGGCGUUCACAGCAGCAGCAGUGCCCUUCUAUCGCAACCCCUCGUCAGCAUCAGCCAGGCAGCUGUUCCGUGCCAGCCUGCUCUUCCUGCCCGCCCUCAUGGCCGCCAUGCUGCUGCACCGCCUCCCCCACCAACCCCUCCCCACCCAUGCUCUCUCCCCCGCCCCCGCGCCCGCACUCACCCUUGUGCCGCUUCCCUCCCACGCUCCUGCAGUGAUGGCAGGUGCAGGCGAGAGUAGGGUAGGGGGAGCAGCAGCGGGAGAGCAGGGGGGGAGGGAGGAGGUGGGGCGGAAGGCAUGGGGAGAGACCGGGGCGAGGAGGGCGUGGGAGGAGGCAGCAGAGAGUGGCGAGAGGGGUGAGGGCAGGAGGAGGGUGAGUCUUCCUCCAGUGGCGUAUUACUCUGCUGCUCCCUUUCCCUUCCUCCCCGUGCCCCACUACGCAUGA